AGAGAAAGGAGGGAAGGACAGAGAGAGUGCAGCCGAAGGAAGGAAGGAAGGAGAAGAACAGAAGGAGUGACACUCAUCAAUGCAAAAGAAUGGAGCUCUCGAGAAAAUCUCUCCCUUUUCCCUCCCUCUCUCGAUCAAUCCAACCCCUCGUAAUCAUAAUCGGCUUCUUCAAUCCAAACCCCUGAAAAUUUAGGACCAAAUUCAUCUCCUUUUUUUCGGCCACAAAUUCCUCCUAUCCGUCGUCGCUCGCCGCUUCAGUUUUCUGUAUACAUUUACGUGUAAAUUUCACUGACUCUGUCUCUGGACACCUGUCUCGCCAUCUGGGAUUCGCUUUUCAUGCCGCCCAGGCCCCAAAGUUUCAGUCUUUUCCUGUAAUUCCGAGCUACAUUGUGAACCCAGGGGGAAGAAAAGGGGGGAAAAAAAGAAUUUGACUGUCGGCAAUGGCGGAAAGUGGGGAUGUGAGCCGGCUGAGAGUUGGGUUGGUGUUGAUUCUGUGUUUCCUGAAAUGGGUUCACGCCGUUACGGAUCCUAACGACUUCGAAGUGUUGAUGGAUUUCAAGAAGGGGCUGGAAAACCCAGAGCUUCUCCGGUGGCCGGAGGAAGGCGACGAUGACCCGUGCGGCCCGCCUCUGUGGCCCCACGUGUUCUGUUCCGACGGGAGGGUGACCCAGAUUCAGGUCCAGAACAUGAGCCUCGCCGGUUCUCUGCCGGAGAAUUUCAACCAGCUCACCAAGCUCUACAACUUGGGCCUCCAGAAGAACAAUUUCACCGGCAAGCUGCCGACUUUCAGAGGUUUAUCCGAGUUGCAAUACGCCUUCUUGGAUUUCAAUCAUUUCGACACGAUCCCUGCUGAUUUCUUCGAUGGGUUAACCAACAUUCGAGUUCUGUCGUUGGAUUACAACCCUUUGAACCACACCGCCGGCUGGUCUUUCCCGGCUGCCUUGGAAGGUUCCAGUCAGUUAACCAAUCUGUCCAUUUCCAGCUGCAACUUGGUUGGUCCGUUGCCUGAUUUUCUAGGCAAAUUGCCGCUUCUGAACUCUCUGAGGCUUUCUUACAACCAGUUGGCAGGUGAAAUCCCUGCGAAUUUCGGUCAGUCCUCGAUGACGGUUCUGUGGCUGAAUAACCAGGAGGGAGGGGGGUUGAGUGGUACAUUGGAUGUUGUUGGUGAAAUGACUUCAUUAACAGAACUCUGGCUUCAGGGGAAUUCUUUCACUGGGACUAUUCCUGAUAGUAUUGGAGGUCUUGUAUUGUUGAAAAAGCUCAAUCUCAAUGGAAACAAGCUAGCUGGUGUGAUUCCUCAAGGAUUGGCUGAUUUUGAGCUUGAUGACUUGGACUUGAACAACAAUCACUUCAUGGGUCCAAUCCCAAAGUUCAAGGCAAGCAAGGUCAGUUAUGCUUCCAAUUCAUUUUGUCAAUCUAAACCAGGGCUCUCAUGUGCUGAGCAAGUCAAUGUGCUGUUAGAUUUUGUUGCUGAUUUGAAUUAUCCUGUGAGUAUUGCUUCUGAAUGGUCUGGCAAUGAUCCAUGUGGAGUGCCAUGGCCCGGAUUGAACUGCGAUGCUAACUCGAAAGUCUCUGUGAUCAACUUGCCUAGACGGAAUCUAACCGGUACUCUCAGCCCUUCUCUAGCUAAGCUUUCUUCAUUGCUUCAUGUCAAUCUACAAGGAAACAAUAUAACCGGUUCGAUUCCUGAAAAUUUCACUAGUUUGGAGGCCUUAAGAGUGCUGGAUGUUAGUGGCAACAAUCUAAGCCCUCCGUUGCCCAAAUUCCAUGAUGGUGUUAAGCUUGUCAUUGAUGGAAACCCUCUUCUGGUCAAUCAAGGUCACCCUCUUUCACCCCCUAGUGGUACUCCACUUCCUCCAAGUUCACAAACCACUCCACCUGGGAGGAAGCCAAUUAUAAGUUCACCACCAUCGUCUUCUAGUGUGCCAACUUCAGCCAACUCAACUGUCCGUGCAAAGGAAAGAUCUAAAGGCAACAAACUGGUAAUCAUAGCGGGCAUUGUGGCAGGUUCACUAUUGAUUCUCUUGGUGAUUGGUUUGUGUAUAUAUUUAAGCUGUAUGAAGAGGAAGAAAGCAGCAGGGGCCUCGAGCUUGUUUGUAGUUCACCCUAGGGAUCCAUAUGACCCCGAACGUAAUUUGAAGAUUGCAGUCGCAAGUAACUAUACUGGGACACUUUCCAACACUUCAUUGAGUAGUGGUACAACCGAAGGCUCUCGCACGAUGGACUCUGGAGGCAUGGUGUUAUCGGUCCAAGUUCUUAAGAAGGUGACCAAUGACUUUGACCCAGAGAAUGAGCUUGGCCGCGGAGGAUUUGGAACAGUCUAUAAAGGUCAACUAGAAGAUGGGACGAUGAUCGCUGUCAAGAGAAUGGAGGCUGGUGUGGUCAACAGCAAAGCACUUGGUGAGUUCGAAGCUGAGAUAGCUGUUCUUUCUAAAGCUCGCCAUCGCCAUUUAGUCUCGCUUUUGGGGUAUGCUAUCGAAGGAUGCGAGAGGCUACUUGUGUAUGAGUAUAUGUCUCAGGGUGCUCUGAGUAGACAUCUUUUUCAAUGGAAGAAGUUUAACUUGGAUCCUCUUUCUUGGACGAGAAGAUUGAGCAUUGCCCUUGAUGUUGCUAGAGGAAUGGAGUACCUUCAUAGCAUGGCUAGGGAGACAUUUAUUCAUCGAGAUCUCAAGUCGUCCAACAUUCUUCUGGGGGAGGAAUUUCGUGCUAAGGUCUCGGAUUUUGGGUUGGUGAAGCUUGCUCAGAAUGGACAUGAUUCUGUUGCUACUAAGCUCGCUGGGACGUUUGGAUAUCUUGCUCCUGAAUAUGCUGUGACUGGAAAGAUCACUACGAAAUCCGACGUGUUCAGCUAUGGAGUGGUGCUGAUGGAGCUCCUGACGGGGCUAACAGCUCUGAACGACGAGCGUGCUGAGGAAACCCGGUACCUGCCAGACUGGUUUCACCACAUCAGAUCAGACCGAGACAAGAUGAUGAACGCCAUCGACCCAUCGCUCGAGAAGACCGAGGAAACAAUCGAGAGCAUAGCCAUCGUCGUCGAGCUGGCUGGCCACUGUGCUGCGAGAGAGCCUAGCCAGAGGCCCGACAUGAGUCACGCAGUGAACGUUCUUGCACCACUUGUGGAGAAAUGGAAGCCAACUGAGGACAUUUCUCAGAACUUCGCGGGGAUGGAUCUCCACGCUCCCCUGAUGCAGAUACUGAAAGUUUGGCAUGAUAAAGGCACAACGAACUCUUCGGAUGCUUCUUCGACUUCAGUGAGUUAUGGUGGUGAUAGCAAGAGCAGCCACUCGGCUGGCGCGACUUGGUGUCCCGACUCCUUCAAUUCUGGUAAUUGUCGAUAAGUCAUUGGAUGAUCCGAUGAUCCAGUUUGAGCUAUGAUCACGUCAAUGUCUCGUUGUACCGGAUAUAUUACAAGGUUUUUGAGGAGGAUUUGGGGAAGGGGACAUUUUGGUUUUGUUGUGUUUCUUGCAGGUGGCAAGAAACAGAAAUGGUGGUGAUGUAGAUAGAUAGAAACUAGACAGCCCGUUGUUGUUUAUUUCAUUGUUUUCGUUUUCGCAGGUUGAGAGUUGGCUAGUUUACUUUCAUAACAACUUCCUUGAAGGUGAUUGAAUUCGACUUGUUUUUUCUUUGUUUCCCUAGUGGUGAUUUCUGGUCUCUUCAUUAGGGCUAAAGAUGAUAGAGAUUUUUCAGGGUGUCAAUCUGAUUUGGGAGAUGGUCUUAUAAAGUUUUACUAAUUUGGAAAAUGGGUUUUAGGAAGACAGUUCUAUAGGUUGUUUUGUUUAGUGGCGGAGACACAAUGUGAGUGAUGAGGC